AAGCAGAGACGGUUGUCUUAACCAGUACUAGGUACUGUGAUGGGACCAAAUCUAAGAGAGCCUAUGGCAAAACAUGCUGGCCUCUAGCUAGACAAGAAAGCGCGUACGAUACACCGUAAGAAAUUUCCGAAGGUUCGCUCGUUUUUUUCCGGCAGAAUUUCUGUGCAGAUACUGGUACCCUGUCCGUCGUGCUCAGUGCAGCAGGAGAACAACACUUUGCAGGCUGAGCCAAGCCGUCGCCCCCCGCACCGACGCAGCCGAUCGCGGCGCGCUUGACACGUCUUCUUCCCCGUUCAGUUCACUGACGACGUCGUCGCCGACCGGCCCCCCAUCCACCUCUCAUUACUUAACACGGAAGGAGAAGGACCCAACUCCAGCCCCGGCCGCUUGCUUAUGUUGUGCUUGUGCAGUCCCUGAGCCUCCCUCGAACGGAACCGAGCAGAGCCGCCCACGAGUCCCUCUCCCCCGCCCAUCCCGUCACGACCGAGAUCCCCAACUGCCGCGCGCCCCGCACGGCAUGCCGGCCUAGUCCCUCUCCGGUUAAAAACCCUGCCUUACUCCCCUUUUUAUGGCGUUCGUGCGCAGGCGCGCGUGCAAUGCCGCCGUGCCCAGCGCCUGCUUCCUGCUCCUCGUGCUCCUCCACUCCGCUACCUUCCUCCUCGCCGCUCGCCGUGGCGACUCCACUGGCCGCGUCGUAGAGGACUUAAUUCCUACUGCUGCCUCGUCCUCUGCAAAGGAGCAGGGGAGCAGCUGCGAGGAGCUGCAGUCCAUCUCGGGUGGGGACGCCCGGUGCGCCUACCUCCGAGCUCGCUCCCCUUGCUCCCCGGCGGGGUACAUCGACUACCUCCGCCUCUUCUACUGCGGCUUCGCCAGCGCGCCGGCGGCCGGGUACGCCGCGCUCCUUCUGUGGCUGGUGGUGCUCUUCUACCUGCUCGGGGACACGGCCUCCGAGUACUUCUGCGCGUCGCUGGAGGGGCUCUCGGCGGCGCUGCGCCUGCCCCCCACCGUCGCCGGCGUCACACUGCUCUCGCUGGGCAACGGCGCGCCCGACGUGUUCGCCAGCGUCGUCUCCUUCGCUGCGGGCGACGGCGGGGGCGUGGGGCUCAACAGCGCGCUCGGCGGCGCGCUGUUCGUGUCCACGGUGGUCGCGGGGGUCAUCGCUCUCGCCGUGGGCGCACGCGGCGGGGUCAUCGUGGAGUGGCGCGGGUUCGUGCGCGACCUCUGCUUCCUCCUCCUCGCGCUCUGCUAUUUGCUUGCCGUGCUGGUGAACGGUGAGGUCACCGUCUGGGUGGCCGCGUCGUUCGUCUCGCUCUACGUCGGCUACGUCGUCCUCGUCUGGACCUCGCACUGCUGCGCGGAGAAGGGCAAGCCCCCGGCCGUCGACCUCUCCGCGCCGCUCCUCCUCCUCGAUGAAGACGAUGCCGACGUCCCGUCGCUGCCGUCCCACUCCAAGACGGCGGCGCCCGGUCCCACGUCAAGGGGAAGAGCGUGCUUGCAUUGCCUCCUGCGCGCCCUCUGCAUGCCGCUGUACCUCCCGCGCCGCCUCACCAUCCCGGACAUCGCCGCGCACCGCUGGUCCCGCCCCUGCGCCGUCGCCUCCGCCGCGUUGGCGCCAGUCUUCAUCGCCGCGACCUGGACCUCGCAGCGCAACCCGGUGUCGUCUUCGCGGCGCCACAGCCUCGCUGUCCUCCUGGGCGGCGCGCUCCUCGGCCUGCUCCUCGCCGUGCUCGCCGCGGCCACUACGGACGCCGCCUCCCCUCCGCGCGGCCGUCGGCGCCGCGUGCCGUGGCUGGCCGCAGGGUUCCUGAUGAGCGUGCUCUGGGCGUACAUCCUGGCCCGCGAGCUGGUCGCGCUCCUGGUGACCAUUGGUUACAUGGUCGGGAUCAAUGCGAGCGUCCUCGCCGUGACGGUGCUGGCGUGGGGCGACUCUCUGGGUGACCUGGUCUCGAACGUGGCGAUGGCGGUGCACGGCGGGGCCGCGGGCGCGCAGACGGCGGUGUCCGGGUGCUACGCGGGCCCGCUGUUCAACACGGUGGUGGGUCUGGGCCUGUCGCUGGCGCUGGCGGCGGGCGCGCAACACCCUUUGCCGUUCGUGGUGCCCGCGGACGGGGCAGCGUACGAGGCGAUGGGGUUCCUGGGCGCGGCGCUGGCGUGGGCGCUGUUCGUGGUGCCCGUCAGAGGAAUGCGGAUCGACCGCGUGUACGGGGUGGGCCUCAUCGCCAUCUACCUCUGCUUCUUCGCCGUGCGCGUCUUCGAGACGCUCGGGCUCUGGACAUAGCAGAGCAGGUUGCAGUGGCGGUGACACUCCCUGCCUGUGCUUCCCUUACUAAAUUUCUUCUUCCUACUGAUCGUGGUACAAACAUCAAACUGCGAAGGGAAUGGUACAAAAUGAUAGUAGUAGAAAGAUGAAGGAUAGAUAGUUCAUCUUGUAUAUUACUACUCCACUACUAGGUGCUGACUAGUGUUGUGUCAGGAAUCCUUUGUUCCUCUUCUCUUCUCUUCUGGGGAGGAAGGGGUUUUGACUGGACUGGAGACGCAGGAAAAUUACGUUUGUUAUGUUCAUAAGCCCUGACAAAUAGUAGCGGGCUGAACUGAAAAGGGUAAGGCCUCAUUUGGAUGUACGAUUUGCAUAGAAAUUUGGAGGAUUUCAAUUCAUAGGAAUUUUCCCUGUAAAGUUCUUUGGAUCAAAGGAAUGAGCUUAUCAAAUUCAUAUGAAAAUCCUAUGCAAUGUCCUCUUUCAUAGGAAUGUUAGAGAAACUGUAACAUGAGAUCUAACCUCAUGAAGAAUUUAUUUUACAUUGUGUC